AUGGACCAUGUCUCGAACGCGUCUGGCUCGAACGUAGACACGUCCGGCAGCGAAGCGGGGUCCCCGCGCAAUGGCUUUGUACAGGUAGAGGACGUGUUGAGACCAGACAGAGGGGUCGGGCUGGUCCAUCCCGAAGCACAAAAAUAUGUGUUGGAAGAAGACCGGCCGCAACCCGAAGCCACACCAAUCAAUCUAUUCGGCGCUCUCAACAAGCAGGCUUUACGCGGUGACGAAAGUGAUUCGAGCCAGUUUCAUGCAACUACCGAUUUGAACGAUGUCAAUAGCAGCAACGCGACUACACAUUCAAAUGUGAAGACAACACCCAGCCUGUUCAACAAUCCCCCGAACCUAGCGCGAAUCCGAAAGGUCUUGUUCGAGUGCAACGACCCGAUAGAGAUCAGUCUGGAGGAGUUUGAGACAUAUUGGCCCUUUAUUGACAAUGUUUGGGUUAAGCAAAGGUCAAACGCCAGCAAGGAGGGCCAUUGCACUACAGACUAUUACAUGUGCCGUUUACGACGUCCAACCCACCGCACAUCGGAAACUCGGCCACUCCCAGAAGGCAAACGACCUCGAAAAAAGCGUGUGCGCGAGGGGGGAUUUAUCAAAGUUGUACGCUUCGAGGGCGCGUACUCGACCGUCACUAUCGCGAGAACUCCAGGAAGCUGCAGCAUUCACUCGCACGACCUGGAUUAUAUUGACCGGGUGAAGCGGAACUCGGGUUUAAUGGAAUAUGCGCGAAAAGAAUGCGUGAAAGGGUAUCUUCCAUCUUCUAUUUACACCAAAUUUCAAGAAGAGCCAGAUAAGCUGUGUGAGGCUGGAGGACGGUUCUUCACUGUGACAGAUGUCCGCAACAUCUCUGCUAAAUGGCGCAUUCAAAACCCAGAGGUUAACCUUGUUCCACAUGAGGGCUACGAAUACCAAAAGGGACACGGAAUUAUCAAGACCCAAAGCACUGAUGGGGUUAAUGAAGUUCCGUCGCAACCAAAACCACUUCCAUCGAUCUCAUCAUCUUCAUUACCCCCCGACACGCUAUCAUUUCCUCAAUUCUCACUGGACUUUUUGCAGCCAUAUCUGCCCCAAACCUCCGAGCGAAGAGAGUUCCCUCAUGUCACAUUGUCCUAUGCAUCGUCAAUGGACUCCAAAAUUUCGCUUCAACCAGGAAUGCAAACGGUGCUAUCUGGCCCUGAGGCCAAACUGAUGACCCAUUACCUGAGAUCCCGACAUGAUGCCAUUCUUGUCGGAGUAGGCACAGUUCUCGCAGACAAUCCCGGUUUGAACUGCCGCCUCGAGGGCGCUGGUGGGUUUGGAGGUCUGGGUCGAAUGUGGCAGCCCAGGCCAGUGAUUAUUGAUCCCAUGGGUCGAUGGCCUGUACAUCCCGAAUGUCGAAUGUUGCGUACCGCUGUGGAUGGUAAAGGUAAAGCCCCAUGGGUCGUUGUAUCCCCAGGGGCUCAGAUCAAUCCUCAGACGUUAAUGAUGCUCAAGGGCUACGGCGGCGAUUUUCUUCGCAUUGUAGAGUUUAACCAACACUGGAGGUUACGCUGGGAAGCUAUAUUCCGUGCUCUUGCAUCUGAGGGCGUCAAAAGUGUUAUGAUUGAAGGCGGCGGAACCGUCUUGAGUGAACUAUUGAACCCCGAGUAUACCAGCUUCAUCGACUCGAUCGUCGUGACCGUUGCCCCCACUUACCUUGGACGCGGUGGAGUGAAUGUCAGUCCAGAUUCCAAGCAAGACCCGGGAGGUGCACCAAAUGCUGCACUCAAUCCAAGAGAGGUCAAAUGGAUGCCCUUAGGGCAAAAUGUCAUCAUGUGCGGCAAGAUUCGACCCAGUGCGCACCCAGAAGAAGCACAAAGAGACUGA